AUGCUCACCCGGGUUGCACCCAAGCCAGGCGUCUUGCGGGGAUGUCUCCCUGCCCGAGCCGGGGGAUGCCGCUGGGAUGGGGGGGCUCCCACCCCCAUCCCACCAACUCCUCGACCCUUCAACCAGCUGCCUGGUGACUGGCGAGCCGGCUGGCUCAACCUCUACCGCUUCUGGCAGGAGGGCGGCUUGCACAACGUCCAUCACAUCAUGGCUCGCAAGUUCCAGCAGUUCGGACCCAUCUACAGGGAGAAGUUGGGUGUCUACGAGAGUGUGAACAUCAUCAGCCCCCGGGACGCUGCCACCCUCUUCCAAGCGGAGGGGACUCUGCCGGAGCGCUUCAGCGUGCCCCCCUGGGUGGCUUACCGUGACUACCGCAACAAGCCCUAUGGCGUGCUCCUCAAGACUGGGGAGGCCUGGCGCUCGGACCGCCUGAUGCUGAACAAGGAGGUGCUGUUGCCGCAGGUGGUGGAGGGUUUCGUGCCUCUGCUGAGCGAGGUGGGCGAGGACUUUGUUCGGCGGGCACGAGCCCAGGUGGGGAAGAGCGGCCGGGAGCACUGGACGGCCGAUUUCACCCACGAGCUCUUCCGCUUCGCCCUGGAGUCCAUAUGCCACGUGCUGUACGGGGAGCGGCUGGGGCUGCUGCAGGACUUUGUGGACCCCGAGGCACAGCGCUUCAUUGAUGCCGUGAGUCUGAUGUUCCACACCACGUCGCCCAUGCUCUACCUGCCACCCGCCCUCCUCCGCCACCUCAAUGUCAAGACGUGGCGGGACCACGUCCAGGCCUGGGAUGCCAUCUUCUCCCAGGCGGACAAAUGCAUACAAAAUGUCUACCGGGACCUGCGACUGCAACGCAAGAGUGCCAAGGAGUACAUGGGCAUCCUCUGCAGCCUCAUCAUGCAGGACAAGCUGCCCUUGGAUGAUAUCAAGGCCAGCAUCACCGAGAUGAUGGCUGGCGGGGUGGACACGACCUCCAUGACGCUGCAGUGGGCCAUGUUCGAGCUGGCACGGUCCCCGGGGGUCCAGGAGCAGCUACGGGCAGAGGUCCUGGCUGCCAAGCGGGAAGCAGCAGGGGACAGGGUGAAGAUGCUGAAAACCAUCCGGCUGCUCAAAGCCACCAUCAAGGAGACACUCAGGCUGCACCCCGUGGCAGUGACCCUGCAGAGGUACACCACGCAAGAAAUCAUCCUCCAGGACUACCGCAUCCCGCCCAAGACGCUGGUGCAGGUUGGUCUCUAUGCCAUGGGCCGGGAUCCUGAGGUCUUCCCCAAGCCGGAGCAGUUCAGCCCCCAGCGUUGGCUGGCAGCUGGCCCCAAGCAUUUCAAGGGGCUGGGUUUUGGUUUUGGACCCCGCCAGUGCCUGGGGCGCCGGAUUGCCGAGCUGGAGAUGCAGCUCUUCCUCAUGCAGAUCCUGGAGAACUUCAAGAUCGAAACCAUGAGAGCGGUGGAAGUUGGGACCAAGUUCGAUCUCAUCCUGAUCCCGGACAAACCCAUCUACUUGACCUUACGGCCGCUCGAGUCCCACGCGUGAGGAGCCCAAUCCUGGGUGACACCCAGCUUAGUCCCAGUUUGGGAGCCAUCCCCGACAGCCCGGCAGCGCUUUCAG